UUGCAGAGCAGACGGGAAGCAACAUAACCUUACCUUAUCCCCUCCCCCUCCCUCGAGCGAGAGCGGUCAGGGUCAGCUUGAGCUUCCAUAGCAGGUGAGGUGAAGAUGCUGCUCACCACCCCCUUCGUGUCCCCUCUGAAGCUCCAGGCCAAUGGCGUCGCCUCCGCCUCCGCCUCGCCCGUGUCGACGGCGCUGACGAUCCAGGCGGCGAAGCAGCUGACGGGGCGUGUGGUGACGACGAAGGCGAACAAGACGGUGGGGGUGGAGGUGGUUCGCCUGGCGCCGCACCCGAAGUACAAGCGCCGGGAGCGCAUCAAGAAGAAGUACCAGGCGCACGACCCUGACAACCAGUUCAAGGUCGGCGACGUCGUCGAGCUCCGCCUCUCCCGCCCCAUCUCCAAGACCAAGCACUUCCUCGCCGUCCCCCUCCCGCCGCGCGACACCCGCCGCAAGUCGCAGCUCCUCCCGCUGCUUCAGUCCCAGUCCGACCAGGACCAGGACCAGUCGCCUCCUCCUCCCUCCGAGUAAAUCACCGUAUCCUUCAUUUGCUGUUGCUCCCGCAAUGUAAUUUCUUCUUGCUACUGUGUACUUGCUCUGGAUUUGGAAUUUUCCCUGCUAUGGUAUGUUCCCCUUUUCCUUUUUCUGGACGAAGAAA